AAUGCAAGCUAUUCCUGUCCCCCUGUGGGUUGGUCACGUGUCCUCCAGGGAACGUUGGGUUUGGGGACCGUGGGUGUGCGCGCGCGCCGUUGCGCACAGCUGAGUUGGAGAGCAGCAACAUCCUAGGGAAGCGUUGACAGUCCGACGGCGGAAGGAUCAGUUUUGUUUGGGGGUGUAGUCAUAAUAAUAAUAAUAAUCUCCACAGUGUCUCCUCACCCGCUGCUACAGGGAUCCCUCAGUCACUGCUUCGUUGAAACUUCUCACUCGAUGAACUGUGAUCUCCACGCAGAGCUUCUUCCUCUUUUUCAAAUCGAUUCCCAGGACUGUCACAGCGGCUGGAGACGAUCAGCGCCCAUGGUGUUCCUUCUCAGUGCUAACUAGGCUGCAUUAAAGACCACAGGUAACUGGCCAGCUUCUGUGGGAUUUGAUGUCACCUUUAGAUUGGUUUAACUGAAAAUGGAAACACUGGAGUCUGAGCUGACGUGCCCGAUCUGCCUGGAGUUGUUUGAAGACCCUCUGCUCUUGCCCUGUGCCCACAGCCUCUGCUUUAACUGUGCCCAUCGCAUCCUGGUGUCUCACUGCUCCACCAGCAAGCCCCUUGAGUCCAUUUCAGCCUUUCAGUGCCCCACGUGUCGUUACGUCAUCACGCUGAAUCACCGCGGCCUGGAGGGCCUUAAGCGCAAUGUGACGUUGCAAAACAUCAUUGACCGCUUUCAAAAGGCCUCCCUCAGCGGCCCCAACUCCCCCACUGAGAGCCGGCGGCUGCAGACGCAGCGGCCCUACACCGCAACCAUUAGCGGCACGAUAGGUGGAACGAUUGGCGGCGGUGGAACAGGUGGUGGAAGUGCUCGCGGCAGCCCAGCCACUUCCAGCCACUCCCAUCCACACGCCAACCACACCAAUCACGUCAACCACACCAACGCCAACCACAGCCCAGCUGUUGUGGCAACAAUGGAUCCGAGAAUCAGCUGCCAGUUCUGUGAACAGGAUCCACCACGUGAGGCUGUCAAGACGUGCGUUACAUGUGAAGUCUCAUACUGUGACCGAUGCCUGCGUGCGACGCACCCAAACAAGAAGCCUUUCACCAGCCACCGCCUGGUGGAGCCAGUACCAGACACCCAUAUCCGGGGGCUGACCUGUCUGGAACAUGAGAACGAGAAGGUGAACAUGUACUGCCUGGUGGACGAUCAGCUCAUAUGUGCCCUCUGUAAGCUGGUAGGGCGUCACAGAGACCACCAGGUGUCCUCGCUCACAGAUCGCUUUGACAAGCUCAAGGCUUAUCAGGUGAGCCCGGGCAGAGUGUCAGAUGCAGUAAUGGAGGCUUCAAAGACAAGCGUUGCGCAAACUCUGGAGAACAACCUGACCAACUUGGUGAAGAGGAACAGUGAGCUGGAGAAUCAAAUGGCCAAGCUCAUUCAGAUCUGUCAACAGGUUGAGGUCAACACAGCCAUGCAUGAAGCCAAGCUUGUGGAGGAAUGUGACGAGCUUGUAGAGAUCAUCCGCCAGAGAAAACAGGUCAUCGCUGUCAAAAUCAAAGAGUCCAAGGUAAUGAAACUGCGGAAGUUGGCUCAGCAGAUUGCAAACUGUCGUCAGUGCUUGGAGCGCUCCAGCGCCCUCAUCACCCAGGCCGAGCAGAGCCUGAAGGAAAACGACCAUGCGCGCUUCCUCCAGUCUGCCAGGAACGUGGCAGAGAGGGUGGCAAUGGCGACGGCGUCCUCCCAGGUACUUAUUCCUGAUGUGAACUUGAAUGAAGCAUUUGAUAACUUCGCUCUUGACUUUUCCCGAGAGAAGAAGAUAUUAGAGGGUCUAGAUUACUUAACAGCGCCCAACCCACCAUCCAUCAGGGAUGAGUUGUGCACAGCGUCCCAUGAUACCAUCACCGUUCACUGGACCUCAGAAGAUGAGUUCAGCGUCACCUCCUAUGAGCUGCAGUACACCAUCUAUACUGGCCAGACAAAUUUCAUCAGUCUGUACAACUCUGCAGACAGCUGGAUGAUUGUACCAAACAUCAAGCAGAACCACUACACAGUUCACGGCUUGCAGAGCGGCACCCGUUACAUCUUUUUCGUCAAGGCUAUUAACCAGGCGGGAAGCCGCAACAGUGAGCCGGCCCGCCUCAAAACAAACAGUCAGCCUUUCAAGUUAGACCCAAAGACAGCCCACAAGAAGCUACGCCUUUCCAAUGACUGUUUGACCAUGGAGAAGGAUGAGAGCUCACUGAAAAAGAGCCACACCCCAGAGCGGUUCAGCGGCACCGGCUCCUACGGAGCUGCUGGGAAUGUUUUCAUCGACAGCGGGUGCCACUACUGGGAGGUGCUGCUGGGAGCAUCCACAUGGUAUGCCAUUGGCGUGGCUUACAAAUCAGCCCCAAAAAACGAGUGGAGUGGCAAGAACUCGUCCUCGUGGGUGUUCUCGCGUUGCAACAACAACUUUAUGGUGAGGCAUGAUGGUAAGGAGAUGCUGGUGGAGGCCAGCCUGCAGCUGCGGCGGCUCGGCGUGCUCCUGGACUACGACAACAACUCGCUGUCCUUCUACGACGCCAUGAACUCCCAGCACAUUCACACUUUCGAAAUCUCUUUCCUCCUUCCUGUUGUACCCACUUUUAUGAUCUGGAACAAGUCAGUCAUGAUUCUCUCAGGACUACCUGUCCCAGAUUUUGUUGAUGGGGUGGCUUCAGAUCUCCAAGAGCAACAGCAGCAGCAGAUGGGUCUGUGCCGACAGGAAUCGCCAUACUUGACAGGGAUGAAAACCUGCCACUGACUAAGCCUGUGACAGAAGAGCGGAUUAGGACCCGACACAUUGACGGCUUGACUGAGCUUUGCUCUGAUCCUUAACGAGGAACGGGUUACUGUCUUAAGUGUUUAAAAAAUGUAACUCCUGUUAGUUUGUAGCCACUCUGUGUUUUGUACAUUCAUUUAGUUCAUAGAAAGGUUUCUUUGACUGAAAAGAUCAGAGUGUUCAGUUCGUUAAACACCCUGCAGUUACUGUCAAAGGUAGCUUUCAAAAGGUAGGUCUUUGUUUUUUUAUUUAUUGGACCCCUCUAGGUAGGAGAUCAAGGUUGAAUUCUUUCACGUUCAAAGUUGCAACAUGGAACUAAUGGGAUUAAAUCUCACAAAUCCCUUAAAUUUAAUCUUUUGAAGAGUUGUUUUUUUAGACAGCAGGAAUAAAUACAUUAUUAUAACAUGUGCAGGUGCUUCUCAGUAAAUCAUAACAUAUAAUUGAUUGUGGAAACAGAAAUGUUUACCUCCUCCUUGGCGGUGAGCUGCAAGGAAAUAGACUGGCUGCGCUUUACAUGAUGCUGUUGAUGUUUCCCUGUUUUCUCUUCCUACUUUCUCUCAUUAGUGUCAAUAAUGAGAAUGCGAUCUCCAAAAUCUUUUUUUUAAUUGCCUCCUAACAAAUGGGCCAUGUAUUGUACACUGUAUGCUCUCAAUACUUAGUUGUGAUUCCUUCUGCAUGAAUAACUCCAUCAGUGCAGCUUGACAAGUUAGCACUGCAGAGGUAGAGCAAGGGUUGCUUUAAAGGGACCUUUAAUCUACCAUUAUUUGUUGGGUCUGGUAUUUAUUAUCUCCUUUUAGGCCUACAGCAAAACUCCACGGUAAAAUCUUGUCUGGGCCUUAGAAAUGACUUUAUACAAGGAGUGCAAGAGUUUUAGUCUGGUCCUGUGGGGCUCCUUAGUUCAGUCACUAACUGCACUUUGUGAUUCCUCCCCAAAUUCUUUUUUUUUCUUUCUCCAAGCUUUGCUUUUUGCUGUUGCCAGUGUACAAUUUUUCCUUUCAGUCAACAUCCCAAUAAUAUGCGUGGAUACAGCACCUGCCUGUGAGGGCUUACCCUCCCUUUUGUGCAAUACUCAAAGCAGCACUCCUGUCUGUGAUGAGAAGACCAUAACAAUGCAUGCCAGUUUAACCUGUGGUAGUCUAUUGCAUCUAGCAAGCCAUCAACUACUCCCUAUCUAAAUGCAAGAUGGAGUAUAACAUGUAUACCACUUCAUCCGGAUGUUGCAUAUUUUAUGCACCAAAGAUCAUUUUUAAAAGCCUAUUUGCCACCCUCUAGCUGCAUCUUUACCCCCAAUUAAAGCUUAUCUCAGAAGUUUGCAUCCUAAAUAGCAACAGACAGUGAAAAUUCAAAUUCGAAGUAUUAUUGAUUCAGCAUCUGCUUUAAAGCAAAAGCACAAGUAAUUUGGUUUGGACUUACAAUAAAGCUUAUUGUUAAUAUAUUGGUAAGUGGUUUCAAAUACUUUGAAUAAUUACACUGACAAACAAUAAACAACUAAAACAUUACUCCUUA